UUGGCCAAGGCGGGAGAGCCCAUCACUCACCAUAGAGGGCGAGUUGACAUGAUUGGAUCCGUGCUAAGCGCCCAGGGCUGUGGGUCGACGAUUUCGAUUUGUAUUUGUGAGGGUUGGGAUUCUUGAUGGAUUGAGGACAUGGCAACAUGCAGAAGCGUUGUUUCUUGUCUAUCCUGUAUGGUCUGUAAUGGUAAUGCCUGCGCUAUAUGUCGUGUCGUGUUGUCUUGCUUCAGGUGCGUCUGUGUUUGCGUCUCCCCCUCUCGCUCUCGUUUCUACUCUUGUCGAUUUGUUUCGCGCAUACUACCCAGCUACUGCGAGGGAUACAAUGCGCUAGUAGACCAGUUGGCGUGUUUCCAAUGGCCUCCAGUGGUAUUGUCACCAAGGACGUGAGGACGUGAAUCUUUGGUCCGCACCAGCCUGUGACCAUAUGUUGAACCUCACUGCCCGUAAACUUAAGCUUAGGCUCUUCACGCCUAACCCAAACUCAA